AUGCCCUCCAACCAGGAGCAAUUGCGUUCAAGGUCAAACAAAAAGGCCAACAAGGCUGCCAAGAAACAAGAAGCUGCUGCUGCUGCUGCUGCUGCUGCUAACCGACCCAAAGUCAACGGUCCAAGAGCUGCUCGCGAUUUGCUGACUGAAGCUGGCACCUUUACAUUUUCGCUCAACUCGGCUUUCCGUUUGCUAUUGAUUGCACGCUGUACAUCGGCACUGUUUGGUGUUAUUCAAGAUUGCGAUGAGGUCUACAACUACUGGGAACCUAUGCACUAUAUCCAUCAUGGCACGGGUAUGCAGACUUGGGAAUACUCUCCAGAGUUCGGUAUUCGUAGCUGGGCUUAUGUCAUGGUACAUGCUGUGGCUGGAUGGAUAGCUAGUAUGGUAGCAACACACAAGAUGCAAAUGUUUUAUUUGAUCCGUUUGGCAUUUGCUGCAGCAUCAGCCUAUGUCGAAGCACGUUUCUAUCGUACAGUCACUGAGGAGAUCAACCCCCAUGUGGGCCGCUAUGUCUUUGUUGCUCUCUUUUUCAGUGCCGGCAUGUUUAAUGCUUCUACCGCCUUUUUACCCUCUUCAUUUGCCAUGUUGAUGACUUUCCUCGCCUUCUCAUACACUUUACGUCCACCUGUUCAAGCCAACAACAAACGUGUAUCCCAUGCUGUCAUGUGUUUUGGUAUCGCCGCUUUGGUGGGUUGGCCUUUUAGCGCAGUAGUUGGUGUUCCUUUUGUGAUCGAAGAAUUGGUUGUUUAUGGUCAAGAUGGCACUGUCGAUGCUCAAGGUCGCCCUACACCCAUGGUACGACCCAAAAAUUGGCGCAUGCAACGUGUUUUACGUCUCGUAAAGACGAUGGUUAUGUGUGCUGUUGGUAUCUCGGUGCCAAUUGUGUUGGUUGAUUACUUGUUCUAUCGCCGCCUCAUGUUCGUGCCGCUCAACAUUGUGCUUUAUAAUGUCUUUGGUGGUGUGGGUCAAGGCCCCGAUAUUUUUGGUACUGAGCCUUGGUACUAUUAUAUCCUCAAUGGCUUCCUCAACUUCAACAUUCUCUUUUUGCUCGCUCUUGCAUCCGCUCCAUUUGCCUUAAUUGCUGCUUAUGUUGACCGUGAACGUCUUCCGGGAACCAGCAAGUUGGAUGCUGCAUGGCCUUACAUUCUAUUGGCAAUCAAGCUACUACCCUUUUACAUUUGGUUCACCAUCUUCACUCUGCAACCACACAAGGAAGAACGCUUUUUGUAUGUCGCUUAUCCUUUCAUUGCCCUUAACGCUUCCAUUUCAAUCUUUUUGUUCCGUGGUUGGGCAAGCCGUGGUGCUCGUCGUCUUGGUGCAAGCAUCAUGGUACGAGCUGCAUUGGUGCGAUAUGUGUCUUUAGCAAUUCUGGCCGUGUACGCUCUCAUCUCAGUAUCACGCAUUGCUGCUUUGGCUACCCGCUACCGUGCCCCCCAGCGUGUGUAUAGUGCCUUGUGGAAGGAACGUGCUCCUGAUCAGCUUGUCAAUCUCAAUUAUCUCCAAGAAAACUACCCUUACGAUGCAUCUGUCGGUGAUAUCAAUUUGUGUGUUGGCAAGGAGUGGCAUCGUUUCCCAAGCAGCUACUUUUUACCCAACGACGUGCGUUUGCGAUACAUCAAGAGCGAUUUUGAAGGCAUGCUCCCAAAGCAUUUCUUGCCUGAUUUUGAGACGGCUGAUUAUGAAGAAGAUGGAAAACAAUUGUCUUAUCGUGCUCGUCAAUUCGCCUUUAAGGGUGCACGUACCAUCCAACCUGGAUUCAACAGCUACAACAAGGAAGAUCCUUCGAUUUACGUUGAUAUUGAUCAAUGCGAUUACUUGGUCGAUGCUGACUUUCCUUUGCGACCCUGGUCGCCACGUGAACCACGAUUUAUCCAAGACGAGAAGAAUUGGGAAAUCCUUGACUGCGAACCAAUUUUGGAUACAGCCAACUCCAACCGCCUUUCUCGUGCAUUUUUCGUCCCAGGCGCACGCGGCCUCGCAUGGGGAGAUUAUUGCUUGCUCAAACGAAGAGCCUAA